GAUAUAGGAAUUGAUGUCGAGUGGCCGCCAGGCGGCUGUAUUGCUUUUGCAUUCACUCGUCCUCCUUACCGUUUCUUCAGACCAAUAUGAGAUCGCCAACAAAAUCCUGGACAAGUACAAUGCCGGAUUGAUACCAUCAAUGGGAAAGAAAUCUCCGAUUGAAGUGCAUUUCUCGAUGGAAUUGUAUCAGAUCAUUUCGGUGAACGAACCCCAACAAUUCCUAAUGUUAAAUGCCUGGGUUGUUGAGCGCUGGACAGAUCGUCUACUAGGCUGGGACCCCGAAAAGUUUGGAAACGUCACUGAAAUCAUGCUACCCCAUCACUUCAUAUGGUUACCAGACACUACCCUUUACAACUCAUUAGUGAUGAAAGACGAUGAGAAUCGAAGGUUGUUGCAUGCAAAAGUUACCACGCUGGGUGAAGGAAAUGGAGCAUUUAUUGAGUUACUGUACCCGACAAUUUACAAACUGUCAUGCUUGUUGAAUUUGAGAUUUUUUCCGUUUGAUGUUCAGUCUUGCCGCCUUCUCUUUGGUAGUUGGACCUUCGACAACACCAAAAUCGACUAUUUCGCAUUUAACGAAAGCCAAGCAAUCGGGACCACAAACUGCAUUGAAAACGAGGGAUGGAACGUCUUAUCGACAAGUGUGAUCCGUCACGAAAACAAGUACGAUUGUUGUCCCAACAAUUACACCCUUCUGGAAUUUCGUUUGACAAUUCAACGAAAACCACUAUAUUACAUUAUCAAUUUGAUCAUUCCCACAUCUAUUAUCACUUUUAUAUCGAUUAUUGGAUUUUUCAGCACGUCCUCAAUAAACGAACCACGUGAGGAGAAGAUCACAUUAGGCAUCACAACACUCCUCUCAAUGUCUAUUUUAAUCUUCAUGGUGUCUGACAAAAUGCCAUCCACGUCAUCUUUCAUUCCACUCAUCGGACUGUUCUACACUUCGAUGAUCCUUUUAAUCUCGUUUUCGACUAUUUGCUCAUCGGUGGUGAUCUAUGUUCAAAAGCAGGGUAACCUGGGCAAUCCACCAUCGAAAAACUUUAUGAACAUUGCGAGAGCCGUGAAUCGAUUCAUUCGGAUGGAAAUGCCACUGAUCAUGAAGCAGGCUUAUGCGCAAAAGGCUCGAGAGGAGAAGCUCAGGAGGCAGCAGAUGGGAAGGAAGCAGAGCUUAUGGACUAGGGUGUAUAAACUUGCAAGAGAGCAGGCCUUGAGGAAGGACGUUCAGACAUCGCAGAACUCGUCGAAAUUCAACGAAGUUCUGACGCCGGAAAAAUUGAUCGACAAUGGUGGCAAAAGAUGCACGAUAAAUAAGGAUGUCACUUGCAUAAGCGACUCCGGGAUCGUCGCGAUGGGAGUUCCGACGUUGGCUUCUGAGGAUGAUGAUCAGGAUGUGUCUCUGUUGGAGCUGGAGACGACGCCCACGCCCGCAAUGCAGAGACCCACUCGGUUGCAUAAAGCUUCCACUUGCGGAAGCUUCGAUAGUAUGAUGUUCAGGCAGAUUGAAGUGCCAGUAUCCCCCCGAACCGCCCGAAAUUUGGCUGAAAUCGAGUACGACUGGCUCGCCGCACUGCUCGAGCGAAUAUUUCUCAUCACCUUCUUGUUCAUUUUCGUUUUGACCUCUAUUGGAAUUAAUCUGAUUGGUUUUUUCUACUGGUGGAUGGCUCCGGAUACAGUAAGAGUAUAGUCUACGGAGCGGUGUCAUCCAAAAGACCUUUUUCUUGAAUCCACUACAGAUCAUAUUGAUCAUAUUAUAUGUAUUGCUGGUUUGGAUUUUUUGUGGUUACAAAAAUUUAUAAUAAACCAUGAAUCAUUAAAAAAUGAAGGAUAGAAAAUGAAACUGA